AUAUGUACGCUGCUGUAGUAGUCCUUACAGCCCUGGUGCCCUUCCUACGAGAAUGCAGAUAUUGUCAUUUACAUUUUCUUCCCACAGGUUGCUUUGUAGCAACAGCUCAACUUAUUUAAUCCUGCUGUGAUUAGCUCUAUUUGAGUAUUUUGCAUUAUUUUCGCGCCGCCAGCAGAGGAGAGAGUGCACGCUCCGAUCACGCGAGUAAUGCCGUCUACGAUGGAGGGCUCGUCUGGGGAAGUUGACCUGUUUACCGUGAAACACGAGCUCAGAAACGCCAAUCUGACGGGUCACGUUGAGCGUGUGGGCAUCGAGAACUUUGAGCUGUUGAAAGUGCUGGGAACAGGAGCCUACGGCAAGGUGUUUUUGGUGCGCAAAGUGAGCGGCCAUGAUUCUGGCAAACUGUACGCCAUGAAGGUGCUGAAAAAGGCCACCAUUGUGCAGAAGGCAAAGACAGCGGAGCACACACGCACAGAGAGACAGGUCCUCGAGCAUAUCAGGGAGUCCCCUUUCCUUGUUACACUCCACUAUGCCUUCCAGACAGACACCAAACUGCAUCUCAUUCUAGACUAUGUGAAUGGAGGUGAGCUUUUCACGCACUUGGUCCAAAGGGUUCGCUUUAAAGAGCAAGAGGUUACCUUGUACAGCGGGGAGAUUGUACUUGCACUGGAGCACUUGCAUAAGCUGGGAAUCGUCUACAGAGACCUGAAACUCGAGAACAUACUUCUUGAUUCAAACGGUCACAUCGUGCUGACGGAUUUUGGCCUUAGCAAGGAAUUUCAUGAGGUAGAGAGGGCUUAUUCUAUCUGUGGCACUAUUGAGUAUAUGGCCCCUGAGAUCGUAGCAGGAGGAGAGUCAGGACAUGACAAGGCAGUGGACUGGUGGAGUAUGGGAGUUCUGAUGUAUGAGCUGUUGACCGGAGGCUCUCCUUUCACUGUUGACGGCGAUGAGAACUCUCAUUCUGACAUUGCCGAGAGAAUUAAGAAGAAGGAUCCCCCGUUCUCCAAGGACAUGGGGCCCCUGGCCAAAGACAUUAUUCAGCGACUGCUAAUUAAAGACCCAAUGAAGAGGCUGGGCUCUGGGCCAUCAGGGGCACAGAAUGUGAAAAGUCAUCCAUUUUACCAGAAAAUGAACUGGGAGGAUCUAGCUGCUAAGAAGGUUCCAGCACCUUUUAAGCCUGUAAUUCGUGAUGAGCUGGAUGUGAGCAACUUUGCGGAGGAGUUUACAGAGAUGGAUCCAACAUACUCCCCAGCUGCACUCCCCAACAACAUUGACCGCAUCUUUCAGGGCUAUUCCUUUAUGGCUCCCUCCAUCCUGUUUAAGAGGAAUGCAGUGAUGGACGAUCCAGGUCAGCUGUGCAGAGGGUCAGAAAGGCCGGGUUCUGCUGCUGUUGCCCGUAGCGCUAUGAUGAAGGACUCUCCGUUCUACAUGAACUAUGAAAUGGAUCUGAAGGAGAGCGCUCUGGGUGAGGGAAGCUUCUCCAUCUGCAGACAGUGUACUCACAAGAAGAGCGGACAGAAAUACGCUGUGAAGAUCGUCAGUAAAAGAAUGGAGGCACAAACGCAGAAAGAGAUUGCUGCUCUCAAACUGUGUGAUGGACACCCCAACAUAGUCAAGCUACAUGAGAUCUACCAUGACCAGCUGCACACAUAUCUAGUUCUGGAACUCCUGCGAGGUGGAGAACUGCUGGAGAGGAUCAGGAGGAAGCAGCACUUCAGUGAGACGGAGGCCAGCUGCAUCAUGCGCAGACUGGUGUCCGCAGUCAGCCACAUGCAUGAUGUGGGCGUGGUGCACAGGGACCUCAAACCAGAGAAUUUGCUCUUCACUGAUGACACUGAGAAUUCAGAGAUAAAAGUCAUUGACUUUGGCUUUGCAAGGCUCAAACCUCCCGACAAUCAACUCCUAAAGACCCCCUGCUUCACUCUUCAGUACGCCGCCCCUGAGAUCCUCAAGUAUGAUGGUUAUGAUGAGUCCUGCGACCUUUGGAGUUUAGGGGUCAUAUUGUACACCAUGCUGUCUGGCCAGGUCCCAUUUCAGUGUCAGGAGAAGAGUCUAACACACACCAGUGCAGAGGAGAUCAUGAGGAAGAUCAAAAAGGGGGACUUUUCUUUCGAAGGUGAAGCUUGGAAGAAUGUAUCUAGUCAGGCCAAGGAUCUGAUACAAGAGCUGUUGACGGUGGACCCUGUCAAGCGGAUAAAGAUGUGUGGUCUGCGUUAUAAUGCCUGGCUGCAGGAUGACAGUCAGCUUUCCUCCAACCCUCUCAUGACCCCUGACAUCUUGGGCUCUUCCACGGCCUCAGUGCACACCUGUGUUAAAGCCACCUUCAAUGCCUUUAAUAAGUGUAAGCGGGAGGGCUUCCGACUCCAGACGGUGGACAAGGCACCUCUGGCCAAACGCAGGAAGAUGAAGAAGACCAGCACCAGCACAGAGACCCGCAGCAGCUCCAGCGAGAGCACACACUCCUCCUCCUCUUCCUCACAGUCUCAGGAUAAGACUCCACCAAGCGGAGAGACGGCUAUCAUACCCCAGGUCUCUGUGAGCACACCUUUCACUCUGGGCCCAGACGAUAAGCCCUGUCAGAGCCAACCACAACCUGCCUUCACCUUCACAGAGUGAACCUUUUUGAGAAACAGACAGCAGUGUGGGACAAACCUCUCCCAUCGUCCCUUUCUUUCUCCUUCAUGCUCACACAACUCCAUAGUUUGCAUGUGGGGAAAGUGGCACCAACCCAGAUUCAUUUCUAGCAAUAGAUACACACGGUGAGCGCUGAAGACCAGGCUAGUGAACAUAUUUAACUUCAGUCCUUGACUUCUUCCAAAAGAUUUUACUGAAGUAGCAACAAACCUAAACUAUUGAUGAGUUUGAGCAUUUAAUUGUACCAUCAACACUUUUUUUACCCUUGGCAAGGUGGAAAAGACUAUAGUUUGUUUUGUAUUUACAUGUAAUUUGAAUUUCUGUUGAGAUCCUUUCUUUAGGUUUAUUUAUUUGUUUCUUUUUCGCUUGAACUCUUUUUGAAAAAGUUGAAGACAGAGCCAAUGGCUAAAUGAGGGAACGUCAAUCCACAGAAGGUUUGCAAAAGUUGUUCAUUCCACUAUCAGUCUAGUUUGCUUCUAGCUAAACAUGUUGUCUAAAAUUUUGUCACUCUUGGUUUAAUGUCUGAGUCAAAUGUCAUGCUCAGCUUGAAUCUAGAACUUGAACCCUUCUAGAAUCUUGAACUCAUUGUUCACAAAGCCUAAUGACACGCUUACCUUAUGUAAGAUAACCAGAUUUUAAAAUGACUACAGGCCAAUUUUUAGCCCCAAUUCAAGUGAUAUGCCUGCUAGAAGAUGUCUGUGGCUUCCUGUCUGAUAUACCAUGUUGUGUUGUUUUGGUCCUGUGUAGAUGGUUGAUGCUUUGGGACAGGCUGUGGUAGAGACUGUGUGUCUAAAAUGAUGCGCUUGCAUGUUUUUCAUCUUUGCAUCCUCCGUUUCACAAGCACUUGAGCUGAUUAUGUGGUUCUCAGUGUUUGUGCUUUAGUUUGUAAUUUCGGUAGCAUUUCACAGUCGAAAAGGGAAUCGUUUUAUCUUAUGCCUAAAGGACUGUCUAUAUUAUUUGUGACGUGAUAGCAUUCUUACUUUUCAAGCACUACAAAUUUGUAAUUGAAAGCACUUGAACUCUACAUUGCUAUGCAAAUGUUACUUCUUUCUUUUAGUACAAUUAUUACUAUUAUUCUGGUUCUUUUCGUAUCCUUUAAGACUUUUAUGCAUAACAAGCAUUACAUUGCUGGGUUCCUGUAGCUCAACUGGUAGAGGAUGUUGCUAGCAACACCAAGAUCAUGGGUUUGAUUCCCAGGGAUCCACUGUAAGUCAGUUUGGAUAAAAGUGUCUGCCAAGUGGAUAAAUGUAAAUGUACAAAAAAUAUUUAAAAACAGUGCCUGACGAGGGCAAACAUAACUGCCAUUUUUAGGGGCAGUCUAAGACUACACUCUAAAUAAUCAUGCAUUCCACUUCCUGUGUACUUACUAAGAUAUCACAUCACAUAUCACAUUCAUGAGCUUUUAAAUAGAGAUAGACCAAUUAUCGGUUUAACCAAUAUUUUGCCGAUAUGCAAUUUUUUUUUUUUAUCAGUUCUAUCGGUAGCAGUUCUUUACUUUUGGGUUUACUUUUUCUUUCUUUCUUGCAAGGAACAUAAAAGAAGAUGCUAGGAAUGACCACCUAAGUUACCAUUUACUUUCAUUGUAUGAAAAAAAGAGGCAAUGAAAGUUAAUGAUGACUGAGGCAAACAUCUCCUUUUGUGUUAUAAGUUAUAAGCAUUUGGGGAAAAACUGAGGGUGAAUAAAUUAUCACAGUUUUUUUAUUUUUAGGUAAACUAUCCCUUUAAUAUUUUAAUGUGUUGUAAUUAUUUGACUUUUUAAAACAAUCAGCCAUUUAUGCUUAAGGAUACACUACAGAAAUGCUUGACUUGUAGCAUUUGAUUAUUAUUAAUAAAUAUUCAUGGGGGGCCUGGGUAGCUCAGCGAGUAUUGACGCUGACUACCACCCCUGGAGUCGCGAGUUCGAAUCCAGGGCGUGCUGAGUGACUCCAGCCAGGUCUCCUAAGCAACCAAAUUGGCCCGGUUGCUAGGGAGGGUAGAGUCACAUGGGGUAACCUCCUCGUGGUCGCUAUAAUGUGGUUCUCGCUCUCGGUGGGGCGCGUGGUGAGCUGUGCGUGGAUGCCGCAGAGAAUAGCGUGAAGCCUCCACACGCGCUAUGUCUCCGCGGUAAUGCGCUCAACAAGCCACGUGAUAAGAUGCACGAUUGACGGUCUCAGACGCGGUGGCGACCUGAGAUUCAUCCUCCGCCACCCGGAUUGAGGUGAGUCGCUACGCCACCACGAUGACUUAGAGCGCAUUGGGAAUUGGGCAUUCCAAAUUGGGGAGAAAAGGGGAGAAUUUUUUUAUAAAUAUUCACAAUGUUUUAUUGUUGUAGUCAAUAAUUAUUGGGUCAAAAAGCAGAAAUAAAACAGUAAAAUCUUUUCUGUUUAUCGGGCACUUAGACAAAAAUAGUUGAAUCAUAUCGGUCAAACAAUAUAGAUUAAUAACAAUAUCGGUCGACCUAUACUUUUAAAUGGUGAGGGCUGAAUUUGGACACAGCAGGCAGGUACACACACACUCAAACACACAUAAAUUGGUGCUCCUGCCCACUUGAACCCGGGCAAAGGACAAGAGCAAUAAGAUCAGCAGGAGCUCGGCUCACUUUCAUGCGUCUGUGCGGCGUUCUGCCUCUUCCCCUGUUCUCAUUACUGCCUCCCUCUUUUAUUUGGGUGUAUUAAUAGAACAGGAACAAGGGGAGGCAGAGAGUCCUAGAUUGAACUCUCCUUUGGGAGAGAGGCUUCAUUAAAUGAAUUGCUGUGGUGCUGUUUGUUCUUGAGGGAGUACUGUAUGUCCUAAUGUUUUCCCAAGUCCAAUUGCUUGGCCAUUAAAACAAGAGAGAGAGGAACACAGAGCUUGUUUUACAGUCUGAUAAGAUAUUUUAGAGGAUUAUUCCUCUUGUUUUAGCUUUUAUGAGAUUAAAGGCCAUGUGGGUUUUUUUAUAAUUCUGUUUGCCGUUUGUAGAAGUGUAGUGAACAUGUUGUAAGCAUCCGGGCCCUUAAACUGAACGCAGUCCUUUGAUCUGCACACUCCGUUUUUGUUGCCCUAUUUUAAUGCUCGUGGGGACUUGUAAAUUGUGUUGUCUGGUUUUGAACAGUAACUGAGGGGUCCUGCGUGCCUGUAUCUAUUUUAACUGUAGGUGUGGGCAGCUCAUCUGCUCAUGGAGGGGGAGUAAUUAAAGGUACUGUAAGCUAUUUUUUUCAUGGAAAGGUAUGCAGAAAAUUGUGCUACUUACUGUACGAUAUUAAUGAAAUAAGUGUCCUGAGAUAUCUUGCCUGUCUCUGUGGCUGCACUAGACUCUAUAUAAAGCAAACAAAAAUGUCAAUGUCAAUAAUUUUUUGUGUUCUCAUAGUAUUGUAGUUGCAGCGAAUUAUUGAGGCUUAAUGCCAUUAUUAUGCCAUGUUAUUCAUAACAGUUGAGGUUAUGUUGAGGGCGCUAUUUUACAGCUGUUGUUUUUGAGAGCCGUUUCUGUUCGAGUUGGUCACAAGAAAGCUCAUUUGGUAUCUUUUGGAUAGAGGGGACGUGGCUAAUCCAGCGGCUCAGCUUGUGGAAAUUCUAGAAUGGUUAAAAUCGCUUACUGCAUCUUUAUGUUUCUUCAGCUCCACCUUGUUUUUGAAGGGGUUGUGGAUUUGAAAAUGAGAAUUGAGGUAAUGCCUGGAUGUAAAUUAUGUUGGGGUGUUGGUAAUUUUUUCUACUGCAUGGAAACUAGUUUCUGAUCUAUUUCUUGAUAGCUUUAGUUGAAUUGCCUUGUUCUAGAGGUGUUUUAAAACUAAAAUUUUGAAAGUGAAUCUGUGGUCUGAAACUUGAAUAUAAAAAAUUCUGACAGAUUAAAUACAUUUCUGUCACAGAGCAAAAAAUAAAAUGCCAUAUUUCACUCCAAAAUCAAAAGAAAAAAUUAAUUAUAUUUAUAAGUAUAAUAAAAUGAUCAAAAAUAUAUCAAAAUGAAAUAUAUACUGUAUUAAAUAUAAUACAAAUAAAGCUAUUUUUGGACCAUUAAGAUUUUAUGUGACAUUAUUUUCUUGACAGUUAAGCACAUUUUUCUCCAAAACUUGCAUUACCGUAAUGCAUUUGGAUGUUUUACUCUUGAGAUUUGUAUUAUUUAUCUUAUAUUUCUUAUUAUAUAUUUUUUAUUCUUAUUUUCUUAUUUUUCUUAUUCUUUGUAUUAUUUGAUUAUAUUGAUUAUUCUAACUAUAUUAUAAUUUUGCUGAUACAGCAAUUUGUGUGCUUUUUAUUAUUUUUUUUUUAUAUAUAUAUAUAUAUAUAUAUUUUUUUUUUUGUGCUUAACUGUCAUGAAAAUGCAAAAAAAAUAAAUAAUAAUAAUAAUAAUAAUAAUUUUUUUCCAUUUGUCAUCUUUCAUUUUCUUUUUGCAAAAUUUAAUUCAUUAUAUUUUUCAUUUGAUUUUAAGGUAACAGGUUUCAUAAGAUUCGACCAUAAGCACUUCAGCCUUAUUACGGCUGACUGUACAUGAAUUACAGGACAAUUGUAUAGAAUUAACUGUACAAAAUUAUUACAGUAAUUCUCUUUUUGGAUAAUGUGGUUAUACAAAUUAUCUCUCUUCUCAUUUUGGAUAGUUUGUUGUCACUGACAUGACAUUUAUUCUAAAAUAUGGAAAUUGCAUUAAAUUACAUUUAUUCACUUUAGCAGUUGAAAUUCAGAUCCUUAAACAGCUCCACAUUAGGGAUGGAUUUUGUCAAAUCAAUGCAGACUAUACUUUAAGUAUCUCCACUUUUAUAUCCAUUUGAAAGCAUUCGCGUCCGCUGCCUUGGAUAUCACUGUUGCCCCAAAAGCAAGCUAGAGUCUCCUCUCUUUAAAAAACCCUAUCCUUCUUAUUUCUUUUUAUCUUACCAAAGUCAUGAUUUGUAGCAGUGAAACUUGAUGCAAAAUCUUACAACCUAUACCAAGCUUUAAUUUUCUGUGUAGUGAAGUCUUUCUGAUUCUGUUAGGCACUUGCCAAAAAGUGAAGGUCAAUGAUAUCGCGCUUCCUUCUUCCAACAUUUACAACUGUGAAACCCACUUUCCUCUCUGUUUUUACACUUCUUCAUGUAAUUCUAUUUGUUAUAAUGGUUGUUGUAACAAUCACCCAUUCUAAAAACUAGCACAAGUCCUCCAGCCCAGAUCUUUCCAUAUCUAUCAUUGUGACCCCUGUUCAGAUUGUGAAACAAUGGGGCGACAUAGAAAAGGACCAUUUAUAUUCUGCAGUCUCAAUUUUUUGUCAACAGCCACAAAAAACACAAUAUAAAACACUUGCAUUCCUGUUGGUUUGAUGCUGUUGCUUUAUAUUAAUGUCCAGCUAUUGGAACACAAGUUGGAUUAAAUUGCAAAGAGAAAUUUGAGCAAAUGGUUUUAAAAGAAUUUUGUGAAAUUUUACAGGCUCUUUUCCUCUUAGUGUGCAAUCAAUGGCUGCCACCAAGGGGCGCUCUUUACACAGAUUUGGGUAGCCUGUUUGCUUUGAUGGUCAUUUCAUGCAGACCUGCUUGAAUAUGACAUGUACAUAACAGCUUUCUUUUUUCUUGACUGGUAGUAGACUAGUCUACUAGUCUUCACCGUGCAUUAGAUAUUUAACUUUAAGGUGAAAUGGGACCUGAAUGGCUUAUCAUAAAUGCUUAUUUUUAGUUAUCUAGCUGGGCUAGAUUUAUUUUUGCAUUAAUUUAUUUAAAUUGAAUUAUGAUUAGACUUUAAUGCUUAAAAAGCACCAAAAUCAUUUCAUUUAUAGUGAGUUUUAAUGCUAUAUAUAUUCUGUAAGCGCUAAGCCAUUAGUCUACCACACUGUGUGACAGUGAUCCCUGUUUAUGUACCCAGUGCUUUGUUUUAAGAUUAUAUUCUAUUGAAAGAAGAGGAUACAUUAUACAUGAAUAUUUAUUCAUAUUUUGAAAGUUGAGAAUUGUGUGGUUCUAUUAUUCUUUUGUGUUAGGAUACAGAUGCCAAUUGGAGUGUCUUGCAUGAGUGUUGUUGUCUCAGAUGAGUUGAAUCAACUCUGUGUGAUGUCAGAGAGUGUUUUAUUAACUAGUCUUGUUAGCAGCUGUUUUCCCAUUUGUUUUGUGAAAAAUAUGUUUGAGGUUGUUAUAAAAAAUUAAGGGCUUUAAAGUUUUGAAAACAUCUUAUUGAACAAGAGUAAUAUCAUUUAAUUUGUCAUAAAUGGAAUAAAACAUUCCUGUAACAGUAAAUUUUGUAAAGUUUAUACUGUAACCAGUGGCUAUGUAACAAUGCAGAUAAAAAAAUUCCAAACUAAAUAAAUUCUAAACUAAAAAAUAGUUUUUACAGUUACCUGUAAUCUGUAGCUAUGCUCAUGCACCUAGUUAUAUAUGACGGUUGCCAAACGAAUAAAAAAUGUCAAUGAAGCCUGUAAAUACAUAAAGCUGUAGACUGUAAUCUUUGAUGUUAUUUAUUUAUUUAUCAUUCUCAAAUAUGGACAGAAAGCAUUUUUUUUUUUUUUAAAUCACGUUAUUUAUUUUUCAUUCACAAAUAUGACCUGAAAGCAAACAUUUAUUUAUUUAUUUGUAAAUAUCAUAUUUAUUUUUUAUUCACAAAUAUUAGCUGAAAGCAGGGUUUGUUUUUUUUUUUUGUUUUUCUUUUUUGGUAAGUAUAUAUUAAACAAAAUUCACAUGAAAGCAUAUUUUUGAUGGAAAUAUUUUUUUUUUUGGUGAAUAUUACAUUAUAUAUAUUUUUUUCAUUCACAAAAAUGACC